AUGGGAAAGUUAAUCAACUUGAGGCAUUUGAUAAUUAAUGAUACUAAAGUAGAAUACAUGCCAAAAGGAAUUGAAGGAUUAACUUGUCUUCGAACUUUGGAAAAUUUUGUAUGGAGUAGUAGUAGCCAUGGCGGUAAAGCAUGCAGUAUUGAAAGUUUGAAAAACUUGAGAAAUCUUCGGUGUCUUGGUAUUUCGGGGUUAGCAAAUGUGGUAGAUGUGGGUGAAGUUAAGGGAUCAAACCUUAGGAAUAAGACAAACCUCCUCUCUUUACUUUUAGAUUUUGGAUAUAGCCAACUUAAAACGGAUGAAAGAGAUGAAAUGAUUCUUGAGGCCUUUGAACCACCUCCAAAUUUAGUGAAAUUACGUUUAUGGAAAUAUGGAGGUAAAACUAUAUGGCCGAAUUGGAUGGUGUCAUUAACUCAAUUGAGGGAUUUAAGACUUUUUAAUUGCUACAAGUGUGAGUAUUUGCCUCCUUUAGGAAAAUUAUCAUCUCUUGAAUCACUCUCUAUACGAGUUAAGAGUGUAAAAAAAGCGGGUACCGAAUUUUUGGGAAUAGAAAAUGAUGGCACUUGCAGAUCUUUUAUUGCCUUUCCCAAAUUAAAAAAUCUUGAGUUUUAUCUGAUGGAUGAAUGGGAAGAGUGGGAUGAUAAUACUUUGAGAGGAGAUGAAUUAGUUAAUACAAUCAUGCCAUCUCUUUGUUACUUGAAAAUUUCUUGCACCGAUAAAUUAAAAAGGCUGCCCAAUUACAUUCUUCAAUCGCCAACACUAAAACAAUUGGAGAUCGGGUAUUGCGAUAUUCUAAGUCAGCGUUACAGGAAGGGGACAGGUGAAGAUUGGCACAAGAUCUCUCACAUUCCUGACGUCACCAUCUCCUAA